AUGUUCCCAGAGUAUCUAUCUUCGCAGAGCCUUCAGGGUCAACAAUGGACUGGCAGGGGAGCAUGCCGUUCACAACCACAGAGUAGUCCUUGCUCAUCUCCGUUGCAAAGUCAGCAUGGCCAGAUACACGAAACACGCGACUUUGAGGAGGAGACGACGGAUAUUCCAGAUCAAAGAGGUCAACAAGGCAAUGAUGUGAGAUACACAGACUUUACUACAUCACAGCGUGGCCAGCGGUCCCAGUCUCGGUCAUUGCCCGUUGGACACCUCCGCCAUCAGUCGUCUGUGGAUUUUGGCGAGGAUCUCUUGCGCAACAGCCACGACACAGUCGACGAAAACAUCUUUGCAGACUGGGCCUGGGGUCCACGGGAACGAUCUGGGAGACGGGCUGUUCGCGAGGGCUCCAUGCAAUGGGGAAGCGACUCUGGCUUCGACUCCCCGAGAGGUUCUCUCGCGUCCAUUUCAGGCGACGAAAUGGAUUCAAACUCGUCCCCGCAUGUAAAUGGGUCGGAGAAGGAGGAAUCUGGGUUCACAGCUCUGUCAUUCGGAUACCGCACUCAAGUCUUGAAACCGACAACGGGACUUUCAUCAUCCCUCGGCGAACACCCGACUCCUUGGCCGGUACUGAGGACCCGGACCGGCUCCAUCGAUCCAGACGUGGUAUCUACGUACAGAGCGCUGUCCAUGGAGUACCUGGGCUCUGCAAUGCACGAGCGCAAGCCGAUUGCUACGGUAGGCCCGCGGCGUGAGAAACUGACGGAGCAGCAAAGGCGACGAAACCACAUCCUGCAUGAGAAGAAGCGUCGCGCCCUGAUCAAGGACGGAUUCGACGACCUACUCAACCUGGUCCCGGACGUGAAGGAUCGGGGCCUCAGCAAGUCUGCAAUUCUGCUCAAGGCGGCCGAGUGGUUGAGCAGUUUGAUAUGUGAGAACAAGGCAUUGCGUGCCCAGGCAAGGGCCCUUGAAGGCGCCGACACGAUGCCCAGCCCACCGCAGCCUGCAUCUCCCCAUCAGAAGAGUCACAGACGGAUUAACCGGCGUAUAUGA